GCCCAGCAAUCGUAAAUUAUCACUCACUCCAUUGUUGUUCACUGAUUUCAAGCAUUUACUACUACUCGGAUCAUCUGCCUCCGGAGAUAAACGUCAAGAUUAUUAAACAAUAAUUGAAACAAAUAGAUGAAUAAAUGGAGUAGAGCUUCUGAUUUUUUUAAUUAAUUUUUUAAAAUAAUUCUUAAUAGUCUAAGUUGAGUAAUUAAAAAUGCAACUUUGGCUGAAGUUGGGCAUUGCGGGGGGGUGUCUGUUCAUGUUCGGUACUCUCUUCGGGUUCGCUAUUUUCCCACCGUUUUUGAGGAGUCAACUGAAGAAGCAAGUUACGUUAAAACCAGGAGGUGAUAUACGGGACAUGUGGGAGGUAGUGCCUUUUGCUCUUGACUUCAGAGUUUUCCUCUUCAAUAUCACCAAUCCUGAUGAGAUUAAGGCGGGAGCCAAGCCAAUAGUCAAUGAAGUGGGUCCAUUCUUCUACGAUGAGUACAAGGAGAAGGUCGACCUUGUCGACAAUAACGAGGAAGACACAUGUGAAUACAGUAACAAAGCGACGUGGAUGUUUGCUCCUGAGAAGAGUGGAGUAGGACUCUCUGAGGAUACUGUCCUGACAUUUCCUCACGUUAUGAUCCUCACCUUGAUCUUGACGGUCGUGAGAGAGAAGCCGGGGAUGAUGGGCCUUGCCGCUAAGGCUGUGGACAGUAUUUUCAAGAAGCCAGAUUCAGUAUUUGUUAAAGCAACAGUGAGAGAAAUUCUCUGGACGGGCUUGCCAGUCGAUUGCACAGUUCAAGACUUCCAGGGAAAAGCAGUUUGUUCACUGCUUGCUGAGAACGAAGCGGCGUUUAUAGUAGAAGGUCCUGGAAAAUACAGAUUCGCUCUUUUGGGUGCUAAAAAUGGGACAGUGGUACCAGAUAGAUUCAAAGUCAGGCGGGGUAUUAAAAAUUACCGACAAACGGGUGAGAUGGUGUCAUACAAAGGGGAGGAAAGGCAGAAGGUUUGGGCGGAUGAUGGACCUUGCAAUGCACUUCCUGGAACAGAUUCUACCAUUUUUCAUCCACUUCUUUUCCAAGAUGAGGAUAUCGUCUCGUUUUCUCCAGAUAUGUGUCUCAGUCUACCAGCGUACUACGUGAAACCUUCCAAAGUUAAAGGUCUUAAAACGAAUCACUACAAUGCAGAUUUUGGCGACAUGAAUACAGACGAAAACCUGAAGUGUUUAUGUACAGCUCCCGAUAAAUGUCUGAAGAAGGGUUUAAUUGAUCUCUUCACCUGCCUCGGUGCACCUAUGGUUGCAAGUCUCCCACAUUUCUACCUCGUUGAUCCGUUUUAUUUGACUCAGGUCGAUGGUCUUCAUCCAAACCAGGAGGAGCAUCAAAUCUUCAUAAAUUUCGAACCAAUGACGGCCACCCCCGUAGAAGCAAGGAAGCGAUUACAAUUUAAUAUGUUUAUUUUUCCAAUCGAAAAGUUCAAAUUGAUGAAAACUUUCCCAGAGGCCCUUCUUCCGUUAUUCUGGGUGGAGGAGGGUCUUCUGCUGGGGGAUGAAUUCGUGAAGCAGCUCAAGGUGGUUUUCACAAUGAUCAAAGUCGUUGGCGUCAUGAAGUAUCUGAUGAUGUUCGGAGGUAUUGGAUUAGCUGGCACCUCUGGUUUCCUAAAGUACAGAGAUAUGCAGGCCUCCCAGAAGCUCAGUAUCACGAAGAUUUCUCCUAAAGCCACUGCGAAUGCGACCGCGCCAGACAGCGGGGAGAAAAGGUGGCCUUUAAACAUCAACACAGUGCAAGCGCAAAGUGUUCCAGCUUUAGACGGUUAAUUAAUAGAGACCAAUGGAAAAGCUGGUGAAGUGGUGAAAAGUAAUAGUUCAUGUUCGAAUUUCUUAUGAACUGUGCGUUAAUUUAGGAAACGAGUUAUUUCACAGACAAAUGUAAAGAAUAUUGCGAAAAAAAAUUUCAACGCGAUUGAGACCGAAAGAUUGUCUGGUCGUUAUCUCUCCAAAUAGUUUUAUUUUAAAAUUGCUCAUUUAGGAAGUCUAUAGUCAAUGGGAUAUGAAAAAAAAUUGUCUAUUACGUUCGACCACUUCACCGCUGAAUUGAAUUGCUGGUCGAAAGUAUUGUUACAUUAAGAAACUUAAUUUUGUGUACAUUUUUAAUUGAUAAGAAAAAUAGAAGACAAUGUGACUUUUAGUAGUAUUUAAGGCCCGGUGGUUUGGCGCAUAGGUAAGUUCAUUGCCUCACAUGCGAAAAGUUCCGAGUUCAAAUCCCGGCCGGGUAAAAUAGUGCGAUCUAACCAU